AAAAUUCUUAAAUUUCUUGAAGAAUUUCAAGUAGGCUGUGGCCUUCAUUAGCUUCAUGAAAUGAAAAAAUUGUCAUAUGCAAGAAUUCAAAAAUUGGCAAGGUAGAUAACAUAGAACAGUAAGUUAUCACCUGUUCAGAAUAGAAUAAGGUCUUGCCAUUGAUUUCCACUAUGUAAACAAAAAUUCAAAGGUUAGAAUGAUAUUUGAUCAAAAUUUCCCAAUUCUUAAAUAUUUAUGAGGUACAAAUGCAGAUUUCCUUCAUUAUGCUUCUUAUUCCACUCUUUACAAUAGCUGAUAAUGUGGAAAAGAUUCUCAGUUCCGAAGAUUUCAAUCGUGAUUCCAAGCUCCCACCACAACCAAGUCAAUGCGAAUUCAGAAAUGAAUUGGUUGAUGAUUUCUAUCAGUCCGAGCAGACAGGAGAAAACUAUUCAUUUGAAAACUUACCAAAAAGUGAGAUUGUAACAGAUUUGCGAUCGAAAAAGUACAACAAUACGAUAAACAAAAACAACAUCUCGUCCGUCAAAUCAAAUAUUUCUGAACCAUUGAACUCAACAGAUAUUCUAUCUGAAUUGAAUCAAGUCAAUGGUUCACUUGAUAUAUUACGGGCUUUAUUGAAUGAGUAUUCUCCAACAUUGGAAGUAGAUGGAAUAGUAACUGAGUCCUCAGGCAUUGAGGGUUCAAUGCAUCGUAAUGAUUCUCUUAUUUAUAUUUUGAAGAACCCUAAUGAUACAAGAACAGUUCCCAGCUUUUUGUGGAGGCUUUUCUCAACAAAAUCGAACAGAACCAGAGUGAACAGUGAUCAAAAAUUUACAGAAAGUUAUGAAAUUGUUGAACCUCUUUCUUUAAAUAGUUCCCAUGUAAACCAAAUCAAAUUGAACGUUCUGAAUGUCUCUACAUCUCCAGUAAUCAAACCUCAUGAUAACGUAGUUAGCAAAGAAACGCUCGCUGUGAAUGGUCAAAAUGGAAGUAAUUCAUUACCUGAUGGAAGAGAAGCUUCUACAUCUAAGCCUUUGUCAAUCGGUUACCAUAAUCAGUUGGUUGUCAAUGAAGAGGACUUCAUGAAACUAUCACAACAUAUCUUGACAAGUUUGGAAAAUAUUGAGGACGGUAUAACAGUACUAGCCAAGGAAAAUUCGUUGAUUUCAGAAGAAAUGCGAUCUAUGGAGAAUCUACAGGAUAAGUUUGAGAAACAACAUGCAAAAGAAAGGAACAACUUUGUGGGGUUAUUGAAGUUACUGUUUAAUAUGUACCAGAAUACUUCUCAUGACUUGGUAUCUAUUCAAGAUAUGAACAAAUCGAUCAGGAAUGGGUUGACAGACAAAAAUAUUUAUUCCACUACAGAAAAUAAUGUGUAUAAUGGAGGAGUAAUAAUUUCUGGUAGCAGAAUGAGCAAUGAAACAAAAUUUGACAAUCCAGGGCUUUCAAAAACAACUCAAAGGAAUGACUACGGAGUUACAAGUGACAACUUGAAGUACCAAAUUGUUAUUAUUGGAACUAAUGAGAACAAGACGUUGAGUGUAUUGAGAGACGGCUUAGCUGGGGGCUCAACCUCAAAUAUUCGUGGCAAUACAUUUGAUACAGUGCUUGAAAAUGUCGUUGAUGUUAUCAAAAAAGGUUUUCCUGAAUCCCAACCGAUUGUGGUGAGAUAUGAAGUGGAGAAUGAGGCUCGAGAUGAAGAAAUGGUCCCGAAGAUCAUCAAUAUUCUUAAAAAGAAGAAGGCAAUAUCUUAAUAAAAUGUAUUUUCUCUUGA